CUGCCUGAAUCUGACACUACGGUUCCCCAGUGUCAUGGUGUGGAACACGAAGAUGCAGUAGAACCGGCGGAAUCGGAAGCCUCGACCAACGCAACACUAAGGAGAUCACAACGAAAAGCAAGUCAAAUUGAUGAGGCACUGUUGAGGGAGGAAAGUUGUGGUGAUCGUGUAACGAGUACGCACGCACCGCGGUACAGUUUCCAGUCCGAUACCGAGUUCGCGCUAUUCGAUUUCGAUUCCUAUUCCGAAUACUACAAUUGGCGUCGCGGCAUGGAGUUGCGCACUAUCGAAUCCCUGAAUCUACAUUCACAUCCGUCUGAGGUUGAAGAAUGGGUCGAACGUUUCGAGCUCUGGUGCAGCCUACGGCAGAACGGAAAACAGGAUCAAUCCGUACUAUUUCUCACGGUGGGUGGAAAGGAAAUGUAUUCUUUGCUGAAGAAUCUCGCUUUCCCCGACAAUCCGGCCAAGUUACCAUUCCCGAUACUGAAACAACUGCUUCUUGCCCACGUGAUUCCUGUUGAUUUCCAAGCUACUGAGAGGGCAAAAUUCAAUUCGUUGGUUCGUGCCGAGUCAAUGCCCUGUCGAGAUUUCAUCCUGUUGCUCAACAAACAGGCUUCCAAGUGUAAUUAUGGAGACAGACUGGAGGAGCAAUUGUGUGAUCGCCUUAUUGCAGGCAUUAACAAUAUGAAUCUCCAGAGAAAGUUGCUGGAAAAGAAGGAUCUAACAUUUUCCGAGGCUAGGAGGAUAUGUGAGCAGCAUGAUGAUCUCACUGCAGCAACAACCCGGUACUGCAAAGUGGCUUGCGAAAUUUCUGGAACCACUCCGGCCGUAUUAGCCAAAUACGGCCUAUGGGAAUCUUUUGAAUUCAUGAAUACGAUCUGGGAACAGCAAUUUGCACGAUGUCUGUCUCAAAUCACUCGGGGCACGGAACUGGAAAAAAUUGAUUGGAUAUUUGAAUUGUAUGAUCUGAACGGUGAUGGCUAUAUCACUCGGGCGGAAGUCCAUGAGGUGGCCACGGCUAUUUUUGACCUUCUACGUCCUAAGUCGGAAACGUGUCGAGAGUUGAAUACGGUUGAAGAACGAGUGAAUACGAUGAUGGAGACAUACGAUUUGGACAAAGAUGGUCGAAUAUCCAAAGAAGAUUUCGUCAACGUAUCCACAAAGGAUCCACAAUUUAUUGCCAAUUUAAACGUAUUCGGGACACAACUGUAA